CUAAUUCUAAGAAGUAUCAUUCUUUUAGGGAAUCUUCCAAUUGAUUGACCAAUCCAAAUUAUAUCAAAUUCUAUAAUUAUAUAUUCCAAUUAGAUUAUUAUAUUAUCUAUCUAAUAGGAAUAUUAGAAAGAUAAUUAGUCUAUUCAUAAGAAGAGAUGAGAUCAUAUGAAAAAUAUAACCGAUUCUUUCUUUGUUUGGGCUCCUGGCCAUCCGCCGGAAGUUUCGUGUUUAAUACCGAUAUUUUAGCAACAAAUCCAAUAAAUCUUAGUGUAGUGUUAGGUCUACUGACUUUUUUUUGGAAAGGGAGUGGGUGCGAGUUGUUUAUUUCAAAGAAUAAAUUGGAUUUAACCAAACAACAUUUUUUAGUUUAGUUAUAAUUAAGAAAAUGUGCAGAAUCCCGCGAAUUACUUCUGAAUUCAUUUUCUUUUUUGAAUAAUUUAAGAAAAAUCUUAAAGAACCAUAGCAUUUCGCGUUUUAUUGGUAAUCCACUUUGAUUCUCUAUUAACCAAAAAUUUUGGACUAUUACCAUGGUUAAAAAUAGUUUGAAGUCUAUACGCAGUGUAGUACUCUUUCUACCACUAUGUUAAUACAGAAAGGAAAUGGUUUCAAAACAAUUAUUAUAUUUUUUUCGAUAUAAAACACUCAUGUCGAUAAAAAAAAUGGCUUGAAUCCUAUUUACGACGAGAAAUAAAAAACGGGUGAAUUUAAACCUCCCCUUUGUACGAUGCGUAAUCGAUGGAUGACCUAUGUAUAAAUUCAAAAGAAGUCUUUGGAUUUGAAUAAAAAAACAACUUUAUUGACAUAGAUUUGUUUGGUCAAAAGAGUCCUCCGAAUAUUCUGGUCUUAUAUUGGUAAUUGUUUUCACUUUGAAUAGAGAAGAGAGGAUAGGCUCAUUACAUAAAAAAUUGGUAAAUUUCCGAUAAGUAAUUGAGUGUGAGAGCCAAAUGAAUCGAAAGAUUCAUGUUUGGUUCGGGAAGAGAUCAUAGACAUUUUGAAAUGGAUGGAAAGAGAGUCUACUUUCAUUAUGUGAUUUAUUAGAUAAUCGAAAACAGAAAAUCUGGAAAACUAUUCGAAACUCAGAAGAAUUACAGGAAAACGCCAUUGAACAGCUCGAAAAAGCCCAGGCUCGCUUAAGGAAAGUUGAAACAGAAGCAGAUCUAUUUCGGGUGAAUGGCUAUUCUGAGAUCAAACGAGAAAAAUUGAAUUUAAUUAAUUCAAUUUAUACGACUUUGGAACAAUUAGAAAAUUACAAAAACGAAGCCAUUGAUUUUGAACAACAAAGAGUUAUUAAUCAAGUUUGACACCGGGUUUUACAAUAAGCCUUACAGGGAGCUCUAGGAACUCUAAAUAGUUGCUUGAACAACGAGUUACAUUUACGUACUAUCAGUGCUAAUAUUGGCAUGUUUGGGAUGAUGAAAUAAAAAAAAUAACUGAUUAGGCUUUCUAUUAUAAAAUAGAGUAUAGGCAUCAUUUUUUUCUUAUAAAAAAUAAACUUAAGAUAUUUUCAUGGUAACCAUUCGUGCAGAUGAAAUUAGUAAAAUUAUCCGUGAACGCAUUGAGCAAUAUAAUACAGAAGUAAAAAUUGUAAAUACAGGUACCGUACUUCAAAUAGGCGAUGGUAUUGCUCGUAUUUAUGGUCUUGAUGAAGUAAUGGCGGGUGAAUUGGUGGAAUUUGAAGAAGGUACUAUAGGCAUUGCUUUGAAUUUGGAAUCAAAAAAUGUUGGUGUUGUAUUAAUGGGGGAUGGUUUGCUGAUACAAGAGGGAAGUUCAGUAAAAGCAACAGGAAGAAUUGCUCAAAUACCUGUAAGUGAAGCUUAUUUGAGUCGUGUUAUAAAUGCCCUGGCUAAACCAAUUGACGGUCAAGGAGAAAUUUCAGCUUCGGAAUCUCGAUUAAUAGAAUCUCCUGCUCCCGGUAUUAUUUCAAGACGUUCGGUAUAUGAGCCUCUCCAAACAGGACUUAUUGCUAUUGAUUCGAUGAUCCCCAUAGGACGGGGCCAGCGAGAAUUAAUUAUUGGAGACAGACAAACAGGUAAAACAACAGUAGCCACAGAUACAAUUCUCAAUCAACAGGGACAAAAUGUAUGUGUUUAUGUAGCUGUUGGUCAAAAAGCAUCUUCUGUGGCUCAAGUUGUGACUACUUUACAAGAAAGAGGAGCAAUGGAAUACACUAUUGUAGUAGCUGAAACAGCGGAUUCUCCAGCUACAUUACAAUACCUCUCUUUAAAUAAAUAA